GAUUGUGCUUGACCAGAACCACAGUCUCCUCUCCGCCGCACGCCAACCAAAAUGACUACAAAGUCAGGUAGUAGCAGCGGAAAGAAGAGCCUGGAGGUGAUGAACGAGAACAAAGCGAAUGAAAACGCUGAAAAGGAGAUGUUCAACGCUUCACACACUUUUAUCACAACUUACAAUCAAUUGAAUCAUGCUGCCCUAGUACUCUCCAAGUCACCUUACCUCGUCGUCGAUUGCGAGGGUCAGAACCUCGCACAGAUUGAUGGUCGGCUCUCAUUUCUCGCGAUUGGUACAGCACAGGCACGAGAGGUCUUCGUUAUUGAUGUCCUAUGCAUCAAUAAUAGGGAGGAGCACUCUGUUGCAGCUUUGCUGGCUUUACUCACCGACGAGUCCAUUCCCAAGAUGAUGUGGGACGGUAGGGGUGACUAUCUGGAGAUUCUGCUAUACUAUGGUGUGUCUAUGCAAGGAGUAUGGGAUCUUCAGGUUGCAGAAGUCGCGUCACGAUCUCUUAGACGGGAGACAGACGAUCAAAGGCUCGGACGGAUUGUUUACCGUGCACAGUAUGGUUGGAAGGCGGUCCGCCGCGAUCGCCAUUUAUUUGAAGGAAUACACAUGGUUGAGGGUCUGAACGGAGUUGUCGCACAGUACAAUGUUGGUGACAAUCUGGCCAAAGACGCUGAGGUGGUUGCGAUGCAUAAGGCGGGAGGGAGUGAACGCUGGAUGAGACGUCCACUUCCUGAUCGCUUGGUGCAAUACGCCGCGAACGAUAUCUAUCUCAUCGCCAUGGUAUACACAUUUUUCAUCAAAAACUGCUGGAUACUUCCGGAGUUGCAAGCCCAAUCUGCUCGAUACAUAUUCCAAGAAACGACUCGUGAGCAGAAGGACUUGCGACAGCGGAACGGUGCCGGCCGUUACCUCCCUCUUGGCGUACUGAGCGAUCCCGCACUAUCGGGGCCCUUGUACGAAUGUCUUCUUUGCACCAGAUCCUUGGAUCUUAGCUGCUAUGAGACCACUCUCACCCAUAAGCCACCCCCACCUACUGCACGCAAGAACAAGAAAUCACGCAAGAAACCAUCUUCGACCUCUGCAUCCCAAACCAGUCCCGCGGGUAGUGGGAAAAGUGUCGCUCUUCUAAGGCGCAAACCUUGCUGUCGCUUAUGCGUGGUUUGCGCUAUGAAGAGCGGUAUGAUUCUCGACCAUUCUUGGGUAGACGUCUAGUUGACGCUAUAUUUCGCAUGAUGAGAUAUGCGGCCACCAGAUGAAUCUCUCAUUCUUAACUUUUAUCUACAGAUUUCCUCUGCUCUUCAGUAUUGAACUCGCGCUGCUUUUUCUGACCUCCUCUAUGCGGACUUGCUGUGAAUCAGGUUUCUGUUUAUCCAUUUUCUUGUUGCAGAAGCAACGACCGUAUUGCCGUUUGUCUUGGUUCUUAUGGCCCUUUCAAUCUUUUGAGGGGGUGAAACCUAUUAGUGACGAUAUUGAUAUACAUUUGCUGCACGAAGAGUAAAAUGAUGGUAUAUACAAGUUGCGAAGUCAGCUAGACUUUUAUGUAUGUAUAGUAUGAGAACGGAUUGUAUCGAUGCGGAAGAGCUUCAGGCCUCAGGGCCUUAGACAGUCCGCUUGUCUCAUUCUGAGGUGCAUUCUUGACUAUUGACAUUUCCUGUUGCUUUCAAUAAUUCGUACCAAAUGUCCUC